UCUUGCUUGCUUGCUUACAUCGCCGUCAGUGCCCGCUUGACACUCCCACAGGCCCCAUCGCAUCCCUCGCCCCCUCUGGCUCUCAUCUUCCUCUGCCCCUCUUCGCCCCUGCUUUUGCUUCUGGUAUCCCAAUCGUCACGAAUCACAGCCACUGAAGCGAUAACAGGAUGCACGGGCUCUUGCAGUCUGUUUGAACGAAUCGCGGCAGUGAUUGUGAAGUGGGGAGUGUCCACGGCGUGGAGCUGAAACAGUCUGUGAGAUUUGGGUUUCUGUAUGGCGGAAACCCAAUUCGGCGGAGAUGUGGGAAGAGUUUGUGGCAGGUAGGGUGUUUGCUCGCCAUGGAGGCUGUUCAAGUGGGAUCUAGUCCUACCGCUGGCUUCGCCAGUGAUGGGUUCUUGGCCAGAAAAUCGGCUCAUGUGGCUCCGAAAAUAGGGCCAUGCACGGCACCGUGCUCAGCUUGGCGUCCACAAAGCUCUGAACCCAGAGGAUUCGCAUGGCGGCCCGUUGCUGACAACGGUAUAGCGAAGGUGGUGAAAUUCUCUCGACAUGUGACCACCAGAGUUGCGCUGAUGCGAGGAUUGGGUGGGAUGCUGAAAGAAGGCUAUGUGUUGAGGAAACAUGAAAUCUUGGAUGAGCAUACGCCUGUUCAAAGCACCGGCGAUGUGAUUGAGAAGCUGAAGAAUGGAUUCAAGAAUUUUAAGAAGAAUGAGUAUAACCAGAAGCCAGAUCUUUACGCCAAGCUUGCGGAAGGUCAAGAACCGAAGGUAAUGAUGAUCACAUGCGCAGACUCCAGGGUGUGCCCAACAAUGCUUCACGGUCUGGAAGCCGGAGAGGCUUUCAUAGUCCGGAACGUUGCCAAUUUGGUUCCUCCCUGCGAAGGAUCGGGAGAGCAUCAUGGUACAAGCGCUGCUAUAGAGUUCGCUGUCACUGUCCUUCAGGUUGAACGUAUCGUAGUAAUGGGGCACAGCAACUGUGGAGGCAUAAGAGCGCUGAUGACGCGAGAUAUCUAUUCUGGUGACUUUGUUGGAAGCUGGGUUCGGAUUGGACUUCCUGCCAAGGAGAAGGCACUAUCUUUAAUGGCAGGAAAAUCGUUUGAUGAACAAUGCGGCUUUUGUGAGCAGGAAGCCGUGAAUGUAUCAUUAGUGAACCUGCUGACUUUUCCUUUCAUUGAAGAGCGAGUAAAGGCUGGAAAAUUGCGAAUUUUUGGCAUGCAUUAUGAUUUUGUCCAAGGACAUUUGACAAGCUGGGAAAUUGAGCGUGAAGACGAUUUUGUUCAUGCGUAGUGCAUCGCUAGAUUGUGAAAAGAAGUUCACGUUCUGUUUGAAUCACCACCACAAUCCGCUUGAUAAUAUCCAUUUAACACACAGUUUCACUGUGCUGUCGAUAGUUUACCACCCCUGUAGAAAUCAUAGCAACAAGAUUGAUAUGCAUGACCAGAUAAUAGUUGAUGAGCUCAUGCGCUGGUAUCACGUAUCAUAGUUGCCGUUUGCAAACCUGCACCGCUAGAAUAUUAUCAAUAUGAUCAAUGCUCGACACUUUGCACAAGGA